CCACUUUUUAGCGCAACACUGACUCGCUGUUUUUAUCUGACCGUGGACUUUCUAACUGAAAGGACAACCAGCUUUAACACGGACGUCUCCGGGACAUUUUCCAGGAUGGCACUUUCCAGCCUGCUUCUGAGCCUGGCUGCUCGGGCACUUACGUUUCUCUUCUUUCUGCUCGUCAUUGCGUUUCUUGGCUACUGCUUGUACAUUAAAUACAUUCAUAUGAAGUAUGACCACAUCCCCGGGCCGCCGAGGGACAGUUUUUUCUUUGGACACUUACCAACGAUGUUGAAGGCGAUGAAAAAUGACGGAAUUAUACACGACAAAUUUCUGGAGUGGGCCGAGAAGUAUGGACCUGUUUACAGGUUAAAUGUGCUUCACUACGUUUCACUGUGUACGUACUGUCCAGAGGCCACCAAGGAAAUCCUGAUGUCCCCAAAGUACCCCAAACAGAAGCUUGCCUAUAAAAGACUCUUCUACCUGUUUGGUAAAAGGUUCUUUGGAAAUGGGCUGGUAACAGCACGGGAUCAUGAGCAGUGGUACAAACAGCGACGUAUCAUGGACCCUGCAUUCAGCAGCCUGUAUCUGAGAGGUCUGAUGGGAACCUUCAAUGAGAGGGCAGAGAAACUGAUGGAUAAACUUGCAGAGCUUGCUGACAGUAAAACAGAAGCUAAUAUGCUUCAUCUUCUCAACUGUGUCACCCUGGAUGUUAUUAGUAAGGUUGCCUUUGGGGUGGACAUGGACCUCUUGAACAAUAGUUCACCUUUCCCUAAAGCCAUUGAGACAUGUCUGAAAGGAAUGGUUUACUAUGCUAGAGACAUAUUUUUUGAGUACAAUCCAAAGAACAGAGGAUACGUUAAUGAGGUGAGGGAAGCGUGCCGCCUGCUCCGUACAACUGGAGCCAAGUGGAUCAGUGAGAGAAAGACCGCCAUGCAAAACGGUGACGAGGUCCCCAAAGACAUCCUGACACAAAUCAUCAAAACUGCAAGCCAAGAGGAAAACAUGACUGAAGAAGAUGAAGAAUUUAUGCUGGACAAUUUUGUGACAUUUUUCAUUGCAGGCCAAGAAACAACAGCCAAUCAACUGGCGUUUUGCAUCAUGGGGCUUGGAAGACAUCCUGAAAUACUGGAGAAAGCGAAGAAAGAGGUCGAUGAUGUCAUUGGGAUGAAACGUGACAUAAGCUAUGAUGACUUAGGAGAGCUGGUCUACCUGUCACAGGUGCUAAAAGAGACUCUGAGAAUUUACCCCACAGCUGUGGGCACAUCUCGUGAUGUUGCUGAAGACAUGGUGAUUGAUGGUAUCCACAUACCUGGAGGAUUCAGCGUUUUUUUCAGCACCUAUGUGAGUGGGAGACUGGAGAGAUUCUUCAAGGAUCCACUGAGAUUUGAUCCAGACAGAUUUCACCCAGAUGCUCCCAAGCCUUAUUACUGCUACUACCCCUUUGCCCUCGGUCCUCGCUCGUGUCUGGGACAGAACUUUGCUCAGAUGGAGGCUAAAGUGGUGAUGGCCAAACUGCUCCAGAGGUUUGACUUCACUCUUGUCCCGGGACAGACCUUUGACAUCCUGGAUGCUGGCACACUCAGACCAAAGAGUGGAGUGUUGUGCACUUUGAGUCACAGAGAUUACAAAAAAUAAGGCAGCAUCGCAUAAGUCGUAGUAAACCAUAGAAGAAAAAUAGGUUACUCUUUACUAAUGCAAACGAAAAACAUACUAAAAGCAUUAAUGUGAAUUUGAUAUAAUAAAUGUAUUUUUUAUUACAAUAAUGAAAAUAAUAGGUGGUGUUUGUUUUUUGUUUAUAAUGAGCGCUGACUUUAAUGCUUAAAGUCAGCAUGUUAGGCAGCACGGUGGACGGUAGUUAGCACUGUUGCCUCACAGCAAGAAGGUCCUGAGUUCAAUGCCACCAUCAGGCCAGGGUGUUUCUGUGUGGAGUUUGCAUGUUCUCCCCGUGUUUGCGUAGGUUCUCCCCGGUACUCCGGCUUCCUCCCACAGUCCAGAGACAUGCACUUUAUGGGGAUAGGUUAAUUGAAAAAUCUAAAUUGCCCAUAGGAGUGAAUGUGAGUGCGAAUGGUUGUCUGUCCAUGUGUGUUAGCCCUGCGACAGACUGGCGACGUGUCCAGGGUGUACCCCGCCUCUCGCCCUAUGACAGCUGGGAUAGGCUCCAGCAACCCCCGUGACCCUGGAAAGGAUAAGUGGAAGCGAAUGGAUGGAUGACUUUAAUGCUAUGUUUACUUUAAUGUAGCUCUGUCAUUACUUUUUCAUCACUACCACAGGACUUUUAGUGCCUAUAACAUUAACUUAAUAAUUCUGGAUGUCAAAGUUUUGUGUAAAAUUAAAAUAAAUUGAAAAUGUCUCUAAAUCAGAUAUUAUUUGUGUUA